AUGUCUGGCCGACGUUGCGCAGGCCUGAGCUCGCUGGGGCUGGGCCGCGUAACCACCCAAAACGGCGGCCAUCCUUCAUCAACUCUGCACCUCGCAGCCCUGCGCCGUGAUUGCCCCUUGAGGACACCUAGCCCCAACGUAUAUUACCUGUGUCGCGUGCUGCAGACUUCGGCCCAUCCACAGCCCAACUCUGCCUCAUCUCCAGUCACUCCUUCGUUCCUCUCCUCGCGCCGCCGACGCAACCGUUCAUUCCCCAUCAUGGCCUCCCAGACCAGGGCGCACGGCGGCCACCACCACGGCCACCACCACCACCACCACGACAACGUCUAUCUGACCUCCUCCAACAAGAGCGAUGCCGGCGUGCGUAUCACCCGCCUGGGCCUCUACUCCAACCUGGGCAUGGCCAUCUCCAAAGGCAUCGGCGGCGUCGUCUUCAACUCCCAGGCCAUGGUUGCAGAUGCCGUGCACAGCGUCACCGACCUGGCCUCCGACAUCCUCACCCUGGCGACCAUCUCCUGGAGCUUGAAGCCGCCGACGAACGAGUUCCCCACCGGGUUCGGCAAGGUUGAGAGCUUGGGUUCGCUUGGUGUAUCCAGCAUUCUGCUGUUUGGUGGAUUGUGGAUGGGCUACAGCAGCUUGUUGACCUUGUACGGCCAAUUCUUCCUCGAUCCGGCUGCCGCUGCAGAGAUGCUCUCUCACGUUCAUUCUCACGGUCACUCUCACGGCCACGAUCACGGUGCCGCCGGCUCGAUUCCUAGCAUCCACGCCGCUUGGCUUGCCGCCGGGACCAUUGCGAUUAAGGAGUGGCUCUAUCACGCAACUAUGAAAGUGGCUCGGGAGCGGAAGUCUUCCGUCCUCGCCUCCAAUGCGAUCCACCACCGAAUCGACAGUCUCACCGGGUUUGUCACCCUCGCCGUGAUCCUAGCUGCGAACUCGGGCUUCUUCACCAACUCGGCGUGGAUCGACCCUGCUGGCGGGCUCGCCAUCUCCGUGCCGGUGAUCAAGGCUGGACUCGAGAACACCUAUGCUUCUCUGUUGGAGCUGGCAGAUGGUAGCAUUGACGAUGAGGUCAAGGGCUCGGUCCGCAAGCACCUUCGCAGCACGUUCUCGGAUAUCCCCAAUGGCCACGAGAUCGAGCUUCGAGAUGUGUCGGGCAUGAAGUCGGGCCAGAACUACCUGAUUGACCUGGAGGUUGCCGUCCCCAAUAACUGGACCGUGGAGCAGGUCCGAGAUAUCGAGGAGAAGGUGCGAACUCGGGUUGGAAGCAAAGUCCGCGGUGCCCGGCGCAUCCGCGUCCGCUUCUUGCCCAAGACAGCCACCGUAGCCCCCAAGUUUGACGAGUUCGUCCCUGGCGACGUCAGCCCGAAAUCAAGCCCUGAGCCCGAGGACGAGCACGACAACGGCAACGGUAACGGUAACGGCAACGGUAACGGACACCACAAGUCCCACUAG